UUCGCAGACUUAUGUAAGAAUCCAUGACUUUAAUGAAAUAAGAUUGGUACGCCUGUGAUCCUGAAAACACAGUCGAUUGCUGAUGUUCAUUGUAUUUGCAUUUUCAGAUAUGACGUUGGUGUGCUUGAAAUGGCGGUAUUUUUAUAGUUUUUGCCGGUUUUCGUGUUUAUGGUUGUCAGAACUUUUGAAAAGCAGAGCUAUGAUGUGAAGAAAAUGAAAUCACCAGGUACAUGACUUAAUUCUUGCUGACUUGAGUAUAUUUUCUCCAGUUCAGCAUGUCAGCAUUUGUUAGAGGAAAGAACUCUCAGACUUUCCAGUCAGAACGGGGAAGACUGAUGGAAAGUUUCCCCAGUGGAGAUCAUGUCCGAUCACUCAACAGUUCUCCUGUUGAUAUAUUUUGGAGCCCCUCUGCUAACAGAGAUGUAGAUAUGAUUUCAAGUUCUUGUGCGCUUCGUCGGGUAGUGACACGGCUUGAUUUUGAUUCCUGUGUGUCCCAGAGCCCAGAUGCCUCCUGCCAGUUUCGAUCUCGGGUGACAGACAGUGUGAUUAACGCAGAGAACAGAGAUAGACUCCGUCCUGAUGCCACUGUGUUAGAUGACAGUAAAGGGAAGAUGUGUACAGAUAUGAUAGAUUCCAGAAGUGUGAGUCCCCAAAACAAAGGGAAUCAAGGGGAUUCUGCCGUUGCAAGUUGUGAUGAGAAGUUUUCAAAAAAAAUUCCACAUGAAUUUAAUAAGACACAUGAAAGCAAAUUCUCCCUUCAGACACCUGUCAGUCACAUUUCAGGAACAGGAAAUUUCACUAAUGUCACAGCAUCUUCUCCAGUGAUCAGAAAGAAGAAGUUAUCUCCAGGAGUGAGGUCUUUUCGUAUUAGAAAGAGGUGGAGGGGAGAAAGUAAGAAAGAGGUUAAUGAUCCCCUUCAGCAAGAGAUACUCUGUCAGGAACACACAUCUCUUUUACUUAGUUCACAAAGAGGUGAUAGAAAAGGUUCACGUGAGUUAAACACACAGACAGAAGCAGAACUUCACUUAAAAAAUAAUGUAAGGCUGACUACAGUUCAUAUAGAUUUGAGUUCCACAGUCGCUGAGAAUGAACUUUCACAACCUGCUUCAUCUCAGCGGAACAAACCGUCAGUAAGCGAUACGGUGUCACCUGUUAUGAAAUGUGAUCACAGAAAGCGUAAUCGGAAACAUCGUGAUAAGGUAUCUCAUUCUGGAAAGAACUCCCUCAAUAAUACAGACAAAUUAGAUCGAAGCGGUAUACAAGAGAAUGACGUUGGGUUAAAGGAGACAGAUGCAGCAGGAAGUAUUUGUUCCCCAGAUUUGAAUAUAUCACCUUCAUCGCCUGUCCUUGUGAAAAGUCGAGAGAAAAGGUUUAGAAGAAGAAAAGUUAUGAUGACAGUCAAGUCAGGAGACUGCAUUGACAAAAAAGAAUUUCUAGAAUGCAGCAGGGUUUCCGGCAACAAAGAUGUUUUGUUGUGUGACCACGCUGUUCUGGACACGCCACAACGAAAACAUAUGCAUUCAGAGUGUAAUAAUAUUCACGGUCCCAUCACAUUGAGAGAUGAUGGAAAAACUGACGAUGAUAGUGCAUUGAGAGAGAGCCAGAAGCCUAAGAAUUGUGAUGCUAAAGGUGACUCUGUAUAUACUGAGGAUGUGGAGGUAUCGAACGAGUCAAAGGGUUCUGAAUUAUCUGUGGUUGAAUGUUCGAUCGAGGCAGAUAUCACUGUUGAGAAAGAAUGUAAUGGGAUUUGUGUUGAGAAAAGUAUUAAUUCGUCUACCCAGGAGAUCUGUAAAGUUCUUAACGAACGUGGGCAGUGUGGAAGAAAAUCUGAAAAUAUGGAGGCAAAAGCAUUGUUUCCAAAUUUUUCACAUAAUAUUUUAUGUAGAAGCGAAUCCAUGCUUCUGAAGAGAAGGGAAUGGAAAUGUGAUAUUGAAGUGAAGAAAGAAAUUCCUGAUGUGACAUCCACCGAACCACUGAUUGAGACUGAAACAUCACUGGACAUCAGCAUGGAUGAUGCAGCUGUAUGUCAUCAUAAUGAUGUCCCACAGGACGUUUGUGGAGAUGAGCUGUCAUUAAUAUCAUCGCCCACCUUAUCAGCUGAGAGUCAUGAUUUAGAUUUGAUGAUCAGCAGUUGCAGCACGCCGAAAAGCGAUAAAUCAGGUGCUUUGGCUCGUCAUAGGCAAGAAGCUGGUGGUGAAGAUGGUGUGAUAUCAUACAUGGACUCUGGGAAGAAGAAGAAGAGGAGAUUGCGGCUAAACAAAUCAGGAUUGGCUGCUCGACUUCAGAAGUUACUUGCUCGUGUACACUCAUCUACACGCAUCUGGCAACAUGAGGCAGACUAUUCAAACGUACUGCGUUCCAGCAAAAGAGGAAUUCUUCUGGAGGUCCAUUCAGUGUGGGCAGAAUACUCCCACUUACUGGUUCACUGCGCAUCAUCUUCUGGUAAGUUUGUGUCACCACCAAGUUCAGAUGGUGAUGAUUCAUGUAACAGUGAUGUCAACACACGGAUUAUCAUUGUAUUAGAUCCAUCUCUCCAUAUUCACAUCAAACCCUGGACUACCAUUCGGAUUUACCCACCUUGGCAGAGAUUAAUUGUGUCACGCCUGAAUGUAACUCUGGUACUUGGCGUCAGCUGUGUGGAAGAAGUGAAGGCAAGGGAGGAGAGUAACUGGAUUGUAUCCUCUCGUGUACAGUCACAGCAGCGUGUGACAGAGACACUUUACACGUGCCCUUGUUCGUGCCUUCAAGAUCUGAGGGGAGGAAACAAAUGUCUGUUCCACUUUCCACAUAAUGGCUUGGAGUUCUUGGAGCAUCUGCUGCCCCAAGAGAUUCCAAUGAGAGCUUUGCAUUGCAGCACAGCUGAUAUUGAACGUGUAUCCAAUACAGGCAGUUCAGAAUGGCAAGUCACAGAGACUGGCACCAUAGCAGAAGCCAUAGUCAACCAAGGCUGCUUAGUGUCUGAGGAGAGCUAUUUGCAGUUGUAUAUACUGCAAGUGUUCCACUACAAGUCAAGAGGUGAUAAUAAGACAAAUCAAGAUGAUGCCACUCCUAACAGUGUUAGCUGGUCAAUCUUAGGCUGUGAUGCAACAGGCGAGUGCUGUGAGGUGUUACUGGGCCAUGGGCCUUCCAGCAUAGAGAUGUCACAUAAAUGGACAAGCAUUAUGAGCAGGCAGGCUAUUGGUCACUUCUGCAGAUUAACAGGAUUCACCUUAAUGAAACGCAUCCAUAGAACAAAGAAUCCUAGCUUAUGGUCGAUGAUUACGAAGUGUAAAGAACAAAUAGGAAAACAAAACCUGAGUGGAAAGGAAGAGGUGAAAAAUUCUGAACCACCAAAGUCAUUUGUUCCUAUUUGCAAUUUGAAGGAGAGACAAGUAAUAAGUGAGUUGCAGUCAUUGGAAGGCACAGCUGCUCCUGCGUGCCGAGCGCUGCAAACUGGGCAACAGAAGGCAGAUAAUAGCUCACAGGAAACAAGUGGCAGGAACUCGGUACAACGCAAGGCUUCAGAACUUGGAACAUCACUGAGGAAGGGCCAACUGUUUGCUUAUGUCUUCUCACCCAGUACCGAGUCCUGGGAGAUGGAACAGCUCGAGAGGGCUCCACAUGGACAGAAAAUCUCAGUACUAAAACCUCAGGUUUCCUGUCUGGCACAUUCAUUACAAGGGACAGAUGUUCCUGCUAGGUACACUUACAUGGCUAAACUUAUUUAUGCCACAGAGGACCGCCUGUAUGUGGCAGAUUCAUCCCUCCUGCAAGUUAACUGUCCAGGUUAUGUAAUUAUAUCUGUAAAGCCUUCAUGCUUCACACCAUCACAGAUGACUGAUAACAGAGCAGCAGUUCUACUUCUGCAAGAUAUUCUUUUAGAUAAAGGAAAUCUGAAUGCAGACAAGUACAGCCGGCUUACUCCCAUUUCCAAUGAUACAGUAAGGGAAGCGGAUGCAUGGUUUCCAUUGAUACCUGUUCAAGAGUUAAAUUUAAUUUCAAAUAUGAAAAUUAUUUUGCCAAACUUAACAUCAGUGUCUGUUGCCAAGGAGCUUGUCACAGUUACCGGAACUGUUAGAGGUGUAGAUGAAGAAACAGCAUUUGUCUGGCCAGUGUGUGGAAUUUGUGAGAAUGAUUUGCUCAUAGAACUAGGACCUAAUGAAUAUCUGUGUCAGAAAUGUAAUUCAUCUUCACAGACUUCCACUAAAAUGUCUCUGGAAGUCUUUAUAUCUUGUCCUGAAAUCCCAGAACCAUGCAAAGUCAAAGUGAAGCUACAGCAGAACUCGAUAGUUGAUAUGCUUCCAACAUCACAAGAGAACAGUCAGGGUUACCCGUUAUCAUCGGUGCUUGAUCAUGCUAUUGGGCCACUUUGCUGCAUAGUGGUGAGAGGUGGAACUAACAAUUUCAUAUUGAAUGAAAUACCUACACUAAGAUGAAGUCUUCAUGUUGGUUAUUAUGAGUUCAGACAUAUUUUUGUGCUGGAAAUACAGAUACUAAUGUUAACUCGAAAUGUAUUUAACAUGUAGAAAUAAACAUUCACCUAUUU